AUGGCCAGAUCUUUUUUUUUCCAUUUGUUCCUGUGCUGUGCAACCCAGGCGUUAGGUGUCGAGAUCCAGUCUGUCCCAGAUGUCAACAGUGAUGGUGUUAUAAAGACAGAGCUGAACAAGACCGUGUCUUUGGUUUGCCAGCUUGACAGCAGCCAUGACCACCAAGCUAAUGAAGAGUUGGUCUGGCUGAGGAAUGGUGCUGCCGUCAGUCUGAAGGAAGGAAAUAAGAUCAAUCACAGCUAUGUGUGUGUUACUCCCAUCAUCUAUGAAGACAAUGGCGCCACGUUCACCUGCCACCUGAGCAAAGAUGCCACAGUUAAUGCCUCAGUCACCUUGGAUGUCACAUAUCGCCCGCAGCUCUCUGGGUCAGAGAAGGUUACAAUAGAAGAAGAGUCAGACCUGCUCCUGAAGUGUGAUAUUUGGGCCAAUCCACCAGUCUCAUCCGUGUCUUGGAAACUAAACGGAAGCCAAGUGGAUCUAGAAGCAGGUGGCUUCACAGUGACCAAUGAUGGUUUUACAAGCCAAUUAUCGGCCAACAGGGUGAUGAAAAGCCUGCACGAAGGCACAUAUCAGUGUUCAGCAGUCUCUCCCAUUUAUGGAGACAACACCAAGCUCUUCCAUGUCACAUUAACAGAAAAAACCUUGAAGUUCCCACUGAUGCCCAUGAUAGCAGGGAUUGUGGUGGUGUCCCUGACUGCUAUUCUUGCUGUUUUGUCACGGUGGAAGAUAAUUAUGAAGUGCUUCAAAGGCUGUGGCAGCAAGUAACCAGUCUUCUCUACUUCACCAAGUGAGAGAAGCCAUGAUGGCAUCACCACUCUAUUUUAUGUGCAGAUUGCUAUCACCCAAUAACGUAGCCUUUUUUUGAUUUUUAAUUUAUCAUCCUUGUUAUUUAAAUUUUAAAUGGCUCCACUUUUCAGAAAUGAGAGUUUAAAGACCAAUAUACUCACAUCUGUCUGUUACAUAUGAGCCUACAGCACAGCUGGUUAGCUUAGCAUAGCACAAAGACAGGAAUUAAAGGGAAACAGAUAUCAGGGCUCUGUCUAAAAGUGAUGCCACUGUAUGAACCACAGAUUAAACAACAAAAUAUAACAUGUUCGUUAAUGACCUUUGGAGAGGGUAUGCAGAUCUUGUUAUGUUUGGACAGAGUCUGUUUUGCUUUGUUUCCUGUCUUUGUGCUAUGCUAAGCUGACCAGCUGCUGGCUUUAGCUUCAUAUUUACUGCACAGACAUGGGAGUGUUCUCAUCUAACUCUUAGCAAAACAAAAAUAAAUUAAGUAUAUUUCCCAAAAUGCCCUGAAAAUCUGAGAAAAUGUAGCAUGAUAUUUGUUGUAUUGGCUGUUGAUUAUGGCAGGAGGAUCUGCUAAGUUUGCAAUAUGUCCUUGAGAUCAUCCUAAAAGUUGUUACUUUUCAUAGUGUGAUGCACCUGUGAUGUAGAAUUUGGUUGAAGACUCCACUCUGUUUUUCAUAAUAUUAAUAAACUUUCUUUUAUUUCCUCA